UUUCCAGAAGAACGUGUUGAAGAUGGCGGCGGAGAAGUCGGUACCGAGUGAUCUUUUCAAAUGCGUGUACUCGUUUCUGGUGGAGAACAAGUUCACCAAGGCGGCUCGGGAGUUCUUGAAACAGACUAAAGUGGCUCCGCAAGAUCAGAAUGAGGAGAGACUCGUCAAUAUCUACAACUUCUGGGUGAAAUCUCCCGAAGCCAAAAAACGAAAGGUGCCUCCGAACUGGACGGGUCCGUCAGCCAAGAAGGCAAAAGCCAGCACUGAGAGCUCCAGCAGUGAAGAGUCAAGCAGUGAGGAUGAAGAGGCUGGCGCAAAACAAACUAAAGUAGCUCCUGCAGCAGCCAAAAAGGGGCCUGCUAAAGCAGCAGCUACUAAAGCUGCAUCCAGCAGCAGUGAAGACUCUAGUGACUCUGAGGAGGACAAAGCUCCUGCAAAGCCUGCUGCAAAGGCACCUGUGAAACAACCUCCUGCUACUGCAGGUAGCACAAGGAAAAAGGAUAGCAGCUCCAGCAGUGAAGAGUCUGACUCUGAGGAAGAACAAACCGCCAAAGCUCCUGCACAAAAACCCAAGGCUGGUGCAGUCACAACACCCAAAGCAGCUGUUGCUGCCAAAGGUGCAGCUCAAAAGAAGAAGGAGAGCAGCAGCAGCGAAGACAGCUCCUCAGAUUCUGAAGAUGAGAAGCCAGCCAAGGCUCCAGUCAAACCGGCUCCAGUCAAACCAGCCCCAGUAAAUAAAGCUGCUGCUGAGUCAAGCAGUGAAGACUCUUCAUCAGAGGAUGAGGCUCCUCCCAGCAAAAAACCCAAAGCAGGAGCAUACAGUGCUGUACCACCUCCUGCUUCAAUCCAGAAAGCUCCUGCUGCACCAGCAGCAAGCAAGACCAAGGACAGCGACUCUUCAGACAGCAGUGAUGACAGCAGUGAUGACGACAAAAAGGUGGCAGCAAAACCAGCCCUCGUAAAGUCACCUGCAGCCAAACCUGGAGCGUCCAAACCUGCUGCAAAGAAGCAGGAGUCCAGCUCAGAGAGCUCUGAUUCCAGCUCAGAAGAGGAGACUGCUAAGAAGCCUGCAGGUAAAGCAGCCCCAGUCAAACCUUCUCCAGCUAAAGAGGUGAAGAAACCUGCAACAAAGGUGACUCCUGCUAAAGCGACUCCAGCUAAGUCCGCUAAAGAUGAAUCCUCCGAGGAGGACUCCAGUUCAGAGGAGGAGGAGGCAGCAAAGAAACCCCCAACCAAAGCUGCACCUGCCAAGACUACGCCAGCUCAGAAAGACGAGUCCUCGAGCUCAGAUUCAGAUAGCAGCUCUGAAGAUGAGGCCCCAGCAAAGCCUCCCACAAAAACCGCAACCCCAUCCGCAGCUUCUGGAGCAUCUAAACCCCAAGCCAAGGCAGCAGAGACCAGCUCUGAUUCGGAGGACUCCUCUGAGGAUGAGGAAGAGCCAGUGAAAGCCAAGCCUGCUAAAACGGCUACACCAACUUCAAAGCCUGCAGCAAAGCCCCCUGCAGCAGCAGAGAGCAGUUCAGAGUCUGACUCUUCGUCUGAAGAUGAAGAAGAGCCUGCUAAGACUAAACCAGCAGCAGCUAAGCCAGCUUCAAAGAGUUCCACCCCUGCAGCUAAGCCUGCUGCUGCAGCAGAAAGCAGCUCUGACUCCGACUCAUCAUCAGAAGAUGAAGAACCGGCCAAGGACAAGCCAACAGCAGCUAAGCCUGCAACACCAGCUUCAAAGAAGGCUACUCCGGUAGCAAAGGCUACUCCUGCAGCAGAGAGCAGCUCCGACUCUGAUUCCUCCUCUGAAGAUGAAGAGCAGCCAGCCAAGGCUAAACCUGCAGCAGCUAAAGCUGCUACUUCAGCCUCAAAGCAUGCUACACCUGCAGGAAAGGCUGCUAAACCUGCAGGAAAGCCUGCCCCGAAAGAGAGUAGCUCAGAGUCCUCUUCUGAGGAUGAUGAAGAGCCAGCUAAGACCAAGCCAGCAGCAGCUAAGCCUGCUACGCCCGCUUCAAAGCCCGCUACUCCUGCAGCUAAGACUGCUGCUGCAGAAGAAAGCAGCUCUGACAGCUCAGACUCAGAGGAUGAGGCAGCUAAGAAACAAGCUCCAGCUGCUGCCAAGAAGCCCGCUCCUGCAGCUGCGAGAACAACAAAGGCAGCGCCUGCAGUCAAAAAGGCAAAAAAAGCAGAGGAGAGCAGCUCUGAUUCCUCAGAUAGCUCUGAUUCAGAGACGGAGACCCCUGUGACUAAGCCUACAGUUGCCAACGGCAAGGCAGCAACUCCCAAGACAGCAGCAGCGUCAGCGAAGGCUGCAGCAAAGCCAGCAGAGUCAUCAUCCAGCGACAGCAGCUCUGAGGAGAGUUCAUCAGAUGAGGCUAAAGUGCCACGUAAAGCAGCCACUGCACCCAACACCCCAAAAAACAGUACUAAUGGAAAAAGAAAAAAGGAUGAAGAAUCAUCAGAAAGCGAAGAGGAAGAAACAGAUUUAAAAACACCAAAAAAUAAGAAGGCCACAACCACACCACAGACUUUCCCUAAAGCCAAUAAGAAGUCUACCAACGUACCCUUCCGUAGAAUAAAAGACGACGAAGUAAAUGUGGACCCGCGCCUUGCAGACAAUUCGUUUGAUGCAAAGAUGGGAGCCAAUGGAGACUGGGGCCAGAAAGCUAACAAUGUGCUCAAGUUCACAAAAGGCAAAUCAUUCCGCCACGAAAAGACAAAGAAGAAAAGAGGAAGCUACCGCGGGGGAGCCAUCUCCACUUCAGUCAACUCCAUUAAGUUUGACAGCGACUGAGAAAGUCCACAAUCUCCCAUUUCAACUGUACUGUACCGGACAGAUCAGGAAUACAAGUUGUCUGCUCAAACCACCCUCCUGUAAACAGUCUCCCCAGCAGUAGCAGCAGCACACUAACAGAAGAUGGUCCAUCACACUGAACUGGCCCUUUGAUUCAACUUUGCUUUAGUCUGUAAUGGAGUUUACUUUUAGCAGAGCUGUGGCAGCAGGGAAAUGUGCUCCCAACUGUGACAUUACUUAUAGCCACUAGGUGGCUGCAGCCACUGGCUAAUGGAGAAAAUGUUUGGCUCUUUCUGCUUGUUUUCACAACCUUCUUUCUUCUUAAAUGGUGAAUGUUUGUAACAUUAAUCAAUUUUCUUGUCUAGGUAUGAUCGAAAUCAAUCCAUCUAUACGUGUUCUUCAUUUUGGGUUAAAAUUUGUUUUUUGUUUAAUAGACUACAUGGAUUUUUGAUGUUUGUCUCUUUUUUUUUUUUCUUUUUUUUUUUGGUCCACAUUUAAAUGUGAAGAGUUUUGGGGCUUUUUCUUAACAUCACAAGAAAACCUAUCAAGUGGAAAUUUUAUACUGUAUUUAUUAUGUUUUAUUCCACUUGAAUCUUUAAGGGCCUCUCAAGGUCUUUUUUUUUUCUCUGUUCAAGGAUUUAUUUUCUUUCCCUCCGUUAGGAAGUCCUUUCAGUCCCUCCCUGUACUGUUCAGUGGUAUUAAGUAUGUAAUUCGAACAUAAAGCCAUGCUUGUUUCAGUUAUUUGAUUAUCGGAUGAGAUCCUGUGUACCACUGUCUUUUUUUUUUUUUUUCACACCUCAAUCUGUAAAUAAAGAUUAAACAAUAUACUGGUGAUGAUU